AGGGAUUGCAUGACGCAGUCAUGUGAAUUUUAAAGGGUACAAAUGAUGGAAGAGUUUGGGACUACGUACCAAAGCGAACAUAUUUGUAUGAGAUGUCAUGUAAUUUGCACAGCUAUUGUUGGAAAUGUGGAGACAAGGUGUGGCUUGGUGGCUACACAACCUCACUGCGUUACGGCAGUCAUACGCGAGAGCGUCCUCUCUUGUGACUACAGAAGCGUGUUUGUUGCCUAAAACUGCGGUUGAGGACGACGUACGAGUUUCAGUUCCUUCGGGCAUCCAAAAAUUGUUUCACUACUUUGAACAGGAAGAUACACACCUGCUGCCGUUAGUGGAACAUGUGCACACAGGAAACAACUCGUGUUGGCAAGAUGAGUUCAUUUCGCUUAGUGGAGACGUGCACAAGCUCUAUGUUUCUCUGCUUUUGUAUCUCGAACAGCUACGCAGUUUGACGUGGCAGUCUCCUUCCAGUUCUGUUAUUGAUAAGCUACAGUACAGAUAUGGGACUGAUCAUAAGGAUUUCCGUACGUUCAAAGACAAAAGAGUACAAGAUGGUCAAGACACAAGAGGAGAACUGAUGUCACUUGUAGGAAAAAGUUUGAAUGACAAUACAAUACAACUCUUGUCCGAGGCCUUCACAGACACAGAAUACAGUGAUGACUCCAUUCUCAACCCUGUAUGUAGACAAUUUUCUAUGCAUCAGAAUGAAGCUGAGAGUGCAUUUGUUCUCUACCAGUCUAUCAAUGAAAAUCAAAGAGUCGGAGGAUGAUGAUGUAAAGACAGUUGCUUGCUCGUAGACGUAAAUCUGUAUACUGUACAGAUCAAUGAGCAAGAACAUGGGACUGAAGCUGGAUAUUAAGAUACAUCAAAAGGGCAUAAGGGAUACUAAAAAUCUUUGUUUUUAAAAAUUGAUUAUCAAUAUUUACUAGAAAUUUCUAAAAUUGCAAAGGCAUCUAAAGUGCUUAGAUUUUCAUCACUGUACGUGUACAGAGAUACCACAAUGAUGAACUAUUGCAAUAGUGGUGUUGACUAAUAAAUAUUGUACAACACACACGCGCACGCACAC